AUUCUUAGAAGCUAAUAAAUUGAAUUUAAAUAAAAACUUUCUAUAAUGCUACAGUACUUUGUAAAAAAUAUAACAUAUGUAGUCAAAGUAAAACUCCCUUCAAGUGAGCUUAACUGGAAGUCGUUUAAGAAUUUUGAGAUCUCGCGUUUAAGUUUUAGUUAAAGCGAACUCGUGUUUUUUUCAAGGGUGGACAAAAAAAAAAAAAGACGACUUCCCACGUAGAGAAAAUACCAACUUGUAAUGCCGAAAACUAUUUAAACCGCAGAAAUAAACAUCCGAAUGCUAGAGAAAAUGCUUCCUCUAAAAUUUUCCCGCCAUAUCUGUACUCUCUCAACCGCCAAUCUCACCGACGGUCACCUCUCCCACAACAAUAAUUUAGCUAGUGAAAGCAAAUCCUCUGGUCAAAACCCAUGUUUCCAAAACGUGAUGCCGUUGAACAAAAUCCUCUCAACCUGCGUGCAAGCCCAUCAAAUCCAAUACGCAGAAGAACUGUUCGAUAAAAUGCCUCUAAAAGACGUUGUUUCUUGGAACACCAUGCUAUCGGCCUUUAACAAAACCAAAAACCCUGCACGAGUCUGUAAGUAUUUCAAAGAAAUGCAAAGAGUUGGCAUUGUACCUAAUGAGUACACAAUCUCGAUAGUUCUCAGAGCAGUUGUGGAUAAAACUUUCAAUAUUCUAGUGCCACAAAUUCAUGCACGAGUAGUUUCCUUAGGACUUAAUUUGAGUUUGUUUGUGGGCUCUGCUUUGAUAAGAGCAUAUGCAGCUGUUGGGGAUCAAAUGGCUUUAAGUAGGGUAUUUGAUGAAAUUUUGCAGAAAGACGUAACUUCUUGGAAUGCUCUGGUUUCGGGCUAUAUGGAAUUGGGACGCAUAAGUCAGGCUCAAAGAGUUUUUGAUGCGAUGCCUGAGAAAAAUACCGUUUCUUGGACUAGUUUGAUUAAUGGGUACAUUGGCAAUGGGAGAAUUAACAAGGCUAGGUCUUUUUUCAACAAGAUGGGUAAUAGGAAUGUAGUUUCUUGGACAGUGAUGAUUACUGGGUAUGUUCAAAUUGAAAGAUUUGUAGAUUCCUUAAAGCUGUUCUGCUUGAUGAUGCAAUCUGAUACUAGACCAAAUCAUUUCACGUUCUCUAGUGUUUUGGAUGCUUGUGCAGGGUGUUCUUCUCUAGUUAUGGGGCAACAAGUUCACUCAAUUAUUCUGAAAGCUGGUGUACCUAACGAUGUUGUCUUGUUGACUUCACUUGUUGAUAUGUACGGGAAGUGUGGUGAUAUUGUUGCCGCAUUUUGCAUUUUUGACUCUAUGGAAAUGAAGAAUUUGAUGUCGUGGAAUGCAAUAAUAGGAGGCUAUGCUAGGCAUGGACUUGCAACAAGAGCGUUGGAGGAAUUUGAGAGGAUGAUAAAGAGUGGUGUUAGGCCAGAUCACAUUACAUUCCUUAACAUAUUGUCAGCAUGUGGACACGGAGGACUGGUGGAAGAAGGUGAAAAGCACUUUGGAUCAAUGGGGACUGAGUAUGGAAUAAAAGCGGGGGUAGAGCAUUAUACUUGUAUGGUGGACUUGUAUGGGAGAGCAGGUCAGCUGGACAAAGCAGAGAAACUGAUCAAAGGAAUGCCCUUUGAGCCCGAUGUGAUUGUGUGGGGUGCAUUGCUUGGUGCCUGUGGCAUACAUUCUAGUAUGGAACUUGGCGAGUUUGCUGCAAGGGGAAUUCAAAAGCUGAAAGAAAAUCAUGCUGUAGCUUAUUCAAUCUUGUCAAAGAUUCAUAGUGAAAGAGGGGAGUGGAAUAGUAUUGCUGGGUUGAGGAAGAUGAUGAAACAGCGGCAUGUUCAAAACCAGAAGGCAGGUAGUUGGAUCGAAUCUCCUUCGAAACCGAACCUAUAAAAUUCUACAAUGGCCCGGGGUGGCCGCGUGGCACCAAGCAUCUUCUCAUGAUUAGCCAGGUAUUCUUUCCAAUAUUUCAUAGCACCUCAGUGAAUAUGGCUUCCCAGACCAACGAUUAAUCAAAUUGUUGUUGCUUCCGCUCAUUGCCAUUCCACCAGGCACACCAACGCGGUUUGAUUUGGAUAUCUUCGCCGAGAUCGAUGUAUCUUCCACCACAUCAAACAAGCUUCCUUUUCUUUUCAUCUCCGUACUCAUCCAAAUGCGGUAGAUUGGUACUGGUUGGGUGGACCUCCUGAAUCCGAAUCAAGAGAAAAGAAAGGAGCGCAAGAGCUUUUCGAUUUGUAAAAUCUCUCAGAACUAUCUAAUUAAAGUGUUGUUCAAAAAGAUUAUGGCAAUAGCCACGCCCCCUGUGUUUUUUAGAAUACAAAAUUAAAAUGCAAGUUAUUAUUUUAU